ACCCAUGCGUGCUUUGGACACAUCUGUAAGGUUUCACAAACUGUGGAUUGAAUGUUUCGGUCUACCCGUUACACCGGAGUACUGUGAAGCUUUUUCCCCACCAGACUGGUGUACACAAGUCCAUUCGAGGAAACCAACGAGUCUCAGCUCACACAGUCUCUCUUGACAAAUUUUGGAUUUUAAAAUUUUGACAGAUUUAAAAUUUACUACCCUCUUAAGUCAUUAAGGAAGGUAGUAAAAAAAAGUGGACGGCUUAACGGAAAUACAGUCCGAAUUGGAAAAGUUUAACGAGCUGCUCAAAGAGUUCCAUGUGUCAGAUAUCUGUGUCUAAGGGACGUAUCAUCAACACUCUGAGGAGGACGGAAUGAGCAGGGAUCAAACUAGCUGGUUCGAACCCAAGGCCGUUGCUUCCGAGGUCUUUAUGCAAGAGAUUGUUUUCUGGAUAGAUGAUGCAGAGAAACGUGUUGCAGAGGCCACUCGUCACGACAAAGAGGUGCGGCCAUCGGACUGAGCUUCCAGAUCAGGUUCCAAGGGUUCCUCUCGUGCUUCAUCUUCGGCUUCGUCUGCUCGGCGCAAGGCGGAGUUGGAGAGCGCUACGUUACGGGCCCGGGCAGCCACUGUUAGACUCAGACAAUUAUUGGAGGCGAAAGAAGCAGAGAUGGAAGCACAAAUACAAAGCGAAAAUGAUGAGCCAAGGUCGUUGUGGAAUAAGAUGAAGCCAAUGACUGUACUUCUCUGGUGUCAUGAGCUGUGUCUUCUCCUCACUCCUGUGUAACUCCGCCAACUGGACUUCAGCGCCACCUUCCGCUCACCUAUGCCUGCAGGACCAUGGGUAGUGUCAGCAGCCUGAUCAACGGCAAUAGCCUCAACACUAAACACUGCAAGGCGUCUGAGUAUAGGUUAAACAAGGGAACAAACCAUCACAGAAAAAGCGGAGGUUGCAGCCUCAACGGGUUACUGAAUUGUGGUUUCACGCAGGGCUCCGCGUCCACAGCUCAUCCCCCUAAAGGCCUCACCCACUCCCGGUCAGGACGAAGUGAAGAUUUCUUUUACAUCAAGGUGAGCCAAAAACCAAGGUCAGUGUGUCACAGAGGUGGUUCAAUGGAGGAUCGAGGGAACAGAGUUGGGGAGUCCCAUGGGCGACUGCAACCGAAGCUGCUGCUCAUGUCAAGGAAAAUGACUGAGAAGACGACUGCUGAGAAGUCAUUGGUGCGUUCCACUGCCUUCAAGCCUGUGCUUCCCAGGAGUACAUCCUCCACAGAGACGGGCCACAGCAGCCUGGACCACAUCCUUUGUCCUCUGGAGAAAGCAAGGAGUUCCGACUUCAAACACAAGCCAGACAUCUUUUCAGGGACUCUCUCAGACUCAGGACGUAACUCUAUGUCUAGCCUGCCCACCCACAGCACCAGUGGCAGCCUAAGUGCUUCCGCGGGCCCUGUCCGUCACAGUGAUGGCAGCUCAGCUCCCACAAAUGGCCUCAGCAAGGAAGAAGCACAACCCAGUUCGCCUCCAUGGGUCAAGGGGAAUAGCACUAAGCUUGAGUGUGGCUACAGGACAGUUUCAAACACUGACGGAUUGGCAUCCAAGGCUAAUGGGGAUGCUGGCUCCCCACUUUCUGCACGUGAACCAAGCCCUCUGUCUGAAAUGGCAGGUGGGAUUCGGUCACCCAUUACGACAGAUGAGUCGCUGAUUGAACGUUUGGAACUGAGGCUGCUGGAGAGAGAGAGUGAGCUGCAGGAGCUGCAGGUGAGUUUUGAGGAGAAGGAAGAAGACACCUGCCAGCUGUUUGAGGAGAGACAAAAGUACUGUGUCGAGGAGAUGGAAGGGCUGAAGCAGCGAUGUUCCACAAAGUUACGACAAGUGUCGCAAUUUGCGGCAAAAACCCAGCAAGCGCUCCAGCUGCAGGUCAGCCAGCUCCAGGCCGAGAAGGAGAGGCUUCAGGAGGACGUCUCCAAUUUAACCCGAGAGAAGGAUCUGGUCAAGCUCCGACUGAGGUCUUAUGAGACAGAGGGCACACAGUUGGCUCCGACACUCGAGGAAACUCAAUGGGAGGUGUGCCAGAAGACGGGAGAGAUCUCACUGUUGAAGCGGCAGCUGAGAGACAGCAAAGCAGAUGUCAACCACAAGCUAAAUGAGAUAGUCAGCCUCAGGGCCUCGCUGAAGGAAAACACGGCAAAGACGGAGAUGCUUGAGAAACAGAAUAAAGACCACGAAGACAAACUGCGCUCUCGCACUAUAGAGGCUGAGGUAUGCCAAAAUGAACUCCAGCGCAAGAAGAAUGAGGCCGAUUUGCUGAGGGAGAAAGUGGGCAAACUUGAGAAAGACAUUCAGGAGAUGAAACAGGAUCUUGCCGUGGCCAAAGAGGGGAGGUUGCAACACAGUGUGCAACUUGAGGCCAGUGCCCAGACUCAGGCCUUGGAGAGACUAAUCCAAGGCUCAGACUCUCCCACCCAGGGCCAGGUGGAGGGGAACAGGGAGGACGUCGCCACAGGCUCCCUCCAGAGAGAGGUGGAGAGACUGAAGCGGCAGCUCGGGGAAGAGCAGGACGCUCAAGAGAGGCUGGCCAACAGCUUUGAUCGGGAGAGGCAGACAUGGAACAAGGAGAAGGACAGGGUCAUCAAGUACCAGAAGCAGCUCCAGAUCAACUACUUGCAGAUGCACAGGAAGAACCAGGACCUUGAGAGGAUCCUGAAGGAGCUGACUUCGGAACUGGAGGGCCGGGUAGAGCUAGGCAUGGACAUGGCCUACACCUCAGGGCUACAAACGUACGACGACGUUAUCGCCACAGAGAUUUGAUGUGGACACUCACUCACAUGUCACUGUCACGUGAUACCGUCACAUGACGCACAGAUAUUUAUGUGUCUCAAAGUCACACGCAAUAUUACAACAACUGGAGCUAAUUCACUGCUAACUAUAGUGUGUUUGGAGUCCAUGGCACAGGAAAAACUAAAAUUACACUUAUGCUAUACUUUUUUCAUGAUGGUGUUACUACUUGUUUAAAAGUAAAUACUAACUUAUUUAAUGUUCAAAUGAGAAUAUGUUUUUUCAAUUAUUUACCAUGUUGUCUCGAAAUCGAAUUUCUAUUGUUCAAAUCACACCCCAUUUUGUCAUUCAAACACAAUUCUUAGUUCCUAUACAGACCAGACAAAUCAUGAAACGGCUGACUCGUCUGUUUCAUGAUUAAUGUCCAAUAGCACAUGAAAAGCACGAUUGUGGUUGAACGCCUGUCUCUUCAGUGUCUUCAGAAAAUGACAGUGAUGUAUCAUCUAUUGUGAGUCCAGGGUUCUAAACCUUAAUUUUCUUGACCUUGUGUGUCUUUUUCACUGUGUGCUCCCACACUAUCCAUUCUGAAGUGGCCUGUGCAUGGAAAACAGUUUUAACCAUUAAUCAUUUAAGAACAACACAGGUCUUCUGAUUUACACCAUAGUAGGAAAAGAUGGUUUCCACUAAAAAUACAUGUAUUGAGACGUCAUGUGUUAUUCACCUUUAAAUUCAAUUCAAAUGUGAAGAUAUGAGUUUAAAUGCAAAAGUGUCUCGAUCUUGUAAAAUGUAAAAACUUUCUGUUAGAAUAAUAAUAAUAAGCACAUUAUAGCAAUCAGUAAAUUUGCCAUAUGAGGCUUUGCCACUCCAAGUGUCUAUUCAGGUGCUAUAUUAAGUUAUAAUACCACUAUACAUAUCACUCCACUGAACAUAUAUUUAUAUAUAUAUAUGUAUUUUUUGUUCAUGAAUAGUAACUUCUGAAAUGGGUUAAUUGUGGUUCAGUUAUCUGAUAAUCUCAUUUUCCAAAUUGGUUUCCUAUUACAAACAUAGGCAGGGACUAAAACUGUGGAUCAGGGGACAGUGAGCGCUGUAUCUCUGAACAUCGAUAUGUGGUGUGUAUUUCUGAAAAUGAAAUGCACACAGUACAGAACACCAAUAGAGAAAACAUCUGAUGGAUGCCAAAGACGAAUGCAAAUAUUGGGAUUCACUGUGCUUAGAGGGAGAGAGCUUGAAGGGGGUUGGAUGGUGUAAAAUAAAAGCAAACAUCUGAGAGAAAAGAAAAGAAAAAAGGCAAUCUACUGGUAAUGGCUUUGCCUUUUCCUGCGCUGUUCAUCCAACUUCAUGAGAGUUAGCUGGCGCUGUUCCACUUUGAAGCAAAGUAUUUUCUCACGCUGGCCCAGGCCACUUGGCCCUACAGUUUAGCUGUUUCAAUUGCACUUGCCACAAGGGCAAAAGUGAAGCAAAAGUUCAACUUCUACACCCACUCGAUACUCAGGGGCUCACACAGACUACGAAGCAGAAGUGCAUGUACAGUAUAUGCACAUACUUGGUGAACACAGUGUGUUGGAAAUCUCUGUGUCAAGGCUGCUUGAAUAGGCUCAGCUACCAUUACACUACAUUACCACCGCAGGUCAGGAGAGGUUUGGAGGCAGACACACUAAGUGGAACUCAAAGGUGAGGUGCUGUAAGCAGUGGCACUCAAACUCAAGUGACUGGUAAGCGUUUCACAGCCUUAGCACAGAAAAGUGGUCAAAUAGGGAAGAAGUAAACGGACAGUUAACACUGCAGCUAUGGCACUUGUCAAAGAUUUCUUGGGGUUCAGUAAAUAAAAUCGAACCGCGAGGAACCUUUGCACACCUUGGGCCAAAAAAAGCCCUCAGUUAAUGUGUGCUGAGAUAAAAAAAAAUAAAAACAAGUGAAAACAAGUGCCAAGAAACAAGCAACGGUGCAAGAGUGUGUGAUCUGAGUGUCACUGCUCCUUUUAACACUUCAUCUCAUUUACUGUGCUGUAAUCUGAAAUGCUGUUCAUUAUGUUUGAAAAAAGUGAGUUUUACAUUUACCUCAGUAAAUAUACCUAUUCUCUGCGG